UAAUAAUCUUGUUCUGUAUGCGCUCCAAUCUUCAAGGACUUUUGCCUCAAAGUACAUAUCCAAGAGGAAUAUUGAUGUUCCUUCACUCGAUCAUUACUAAUUGUUAAAAAUCUUUGUAUAGAAUUUCCAUCCCCACGACAAUUUUAGUCGUUCACGUUCCUUUCAAUCAGAUCGACCACCACUGCAGGCCUCAGUUCUUUCAAAGCAUCUUUUUGAAUCGACGCUCUACCAAAUAUGUCUUAUUACGAUAAUCAGCAAUGGUCCGCCGCUGGGCAACCAUCUUGGGAGCAACAAACCCCGCCAGCUCGUUCUGGUAUGUUGGGAAAUUCUUGAUGUUAUCGCCAGGGUGUCAAUUGACCAAGUGUUACAGGUGCCAACUCAGUUGCUCCGCGCGAGGACUCCACUGCAUUCAGCACACAAAUUGAGGGUACGUUCAAAGAGAUAUACUGCUCAUAGUAAUUGAUCAUUUGGGUGUUGCCUGGCGCAGGAUAAAGUUUGGUGUCUGGGUUACGACGGGAACGAGUUUAUCAUAUGGCACUCGAUGAUAAUCGUGCUAGUAUUAUCAUGAUCAAGAAGCUGAUGAAGUCAUGUACAGAGGUCGACCGUGCCAUUGACAACUUGGUCAAGAGCGGAAAGAUGUUCAACCUACCAGCUGGUGGUCGUCGCGAUUCCAUGCCAAUGGUUGGUCCUUCAAGAACCUUCCCAGAACAAUUUGGUAUGCUCCACUUUUAGAGGACAACUUCAAAAUUCUUAGGCCCUAACAUGUUGAUUGCAGAUCCUCGAAUGACUGCUGGUCCUCCAAGACAUCACUCGGUUAGCGAUUUCGGCGGUGAUGCUCGGUCUUUCUCGGGAUCCAAUCUCCAGAACUUCUAUGCGAGCCAGCGACACCAACCCUCGAGAGGCGCAAAUGAAGCCGAACAAGUGAUGCAGGCGAAGAGGAGAAUGGCGGCUCAGCGUGAGAGAGAACUGCGCAAUUACCAUCAAGAGCAGCAGUAUAAUCGAAGUAGGCCACCCUCUUCCGCUGUGUAAAAAUUCUAUUUGUCAAAUACCCUGUACCCAGCGGCUCUUCCCAGCGGUUCGUUCAUAUCAGUCAAAAUUUUUUACAUGACUUUUUCUCGCCUACAAUUGUUCUGUGUGAAAUGAGAAAAAAACGACAUCUUUAUUAUUCACUUUUGACACCACAUUCUGCACAUUUACUGACUGAAAUAAGGCGUCACAUCUGAGAUCUUGGGUGGCAAGCCAGACCGUAUCGCAAGCCCAGGGAGCGGUAUGAGCGAGGAAGAACGUCGUGACUUGAUUGCCCGUCAAAGAAGUGCUCUUUAUGGAGAUAGUCCAGCAUUCAAUGCUGAAAAUGGCGGUUUUGAUGAAAAUGGUACACCACGCCCAACCACUCAAGGGUCUACCACUCAAACCCUUAACGCUGCCCCUGGUGCUAUUCGUGGGCACUCCCCUCUUGCCUUUGACCACUUCAAUGCCCAAGCUACCCAGGCCGAAAACUCAAAUCAGCAAAAUACUACGGAGCCUCAAUCAGCUACAACCGCACAGGCUCUGGGUCAACAGCGAUCUCGGGCUAAUAGCACAUCUUCUCCGUCGUCCAACCCUACCAGCUUCAGUCUUUUCGAAUCUGCUGCUCAGCAGUCCAGUCGGACUUCGACUUCCUCCCCUGGUGGGUCCCCGCCACGCCAAGGAGGUAAGGCUUCCGCUAGCGGCGUCGCGCCAAUUGGCACUAGACCUAGUGGUCAAGCUGCUAAUCCAGCUCUGAAUAAGCGAUCCACCACUCCUUUACCAUCACCAUUGAGCUAUGGCUUUGCCGCUAAUGAUUCGACUACCGAAUCUAAGGAUGCAAGAACGACUUCCGCUUCGUCAAAUCCCAACCCUCAAGGACAGACCGAGAGUGGAUUGGGUUGGGGAUCUAAGAGUGGUGUUUGGGGUAACAAGAAUCUUGGUGUACAGGCUUCGGUUUGGGGAUAAAUUUGGUAUGAUAUCAUGAAUGAACAUAGAAAACAGGCGCGAAGGGAAACGGUAUGAUUGAUUGAUUGAUUAUCUGCAUAUGUUUGUGCGUGGUGGAUGGAAACUGGACAAAAAGAAAUAUCGAUAAUAGGCUUGGCAUGGCAGGCGUAUGGAACCUUUUCAGAAUUUAUCGGAAGGCAGGUUCUGGAUGGAGGGGAGCGAGUUUUUUACCACCUCGCUAUCAUGCUUUGCUUCUCAACACAUAUUGCAGGAGUCUAAUUGAUUCUCGUCAGCGGCAACAAGGAAGGAGUCAUUUUUUAGUGUUUUUGCUUUUUUCGGAUGUUCAAAUGGUAAUAACUGGUGGGAAUGGAUUUUGCUAUUUUGUCUUGUCUCGUGGCAUUUACGGCGAAACAACAAUUUGGGGAAUCUUGAUGUGGGAUUUGAUAUUUGCGAAGGUCUGGUAUGGGGUAUUUGCUUUUCUUUCCUACACAUAGGGGUGUUUGUUUCGAGGGAAAACUGUAUCGGGAGAAAGGGAGGGAGUAAAAAUAAAAUAACAAAUGGAAUAAGUGGAGUGAACUAUGAUGGUUUGGGAUUGAUUGAUAUGGAAUUGACAUGGAAUGGAAC